AUGCGGAAAAAGAGAAAGUUCUUCAAGUUCAGACUGCGGCACAAUAACCGAUGGCAUAUUCCAUUACCCACCGGACCUUUUACGGUAGGCUGCACGGACAUUAUGACAGGUUCUUCCAAGUUCGGUGUAUUCGUUCGAUUAUUUUAUCCUGCAGCUGAAAAUGAUAUCUUGACAAAACAACGAGCGUUUGACUGCAUAAAAGUGUUAGACUUUCUCGAAGAACUAAACAACGGCUAUCCCAUCCAAAACGUUAUCAAUCCAUCUUUUCAAACUAGCCAGUUUAUGGGAAUUAUGGACCUUUCAAAAGCAGCAGUGGCCGGACACUCGUUUGGAGGAACUACUGCUAUUCUCUCGUUAGCACUGGAACACCGAUUCAAGAUAGGUUUAGCCCUAGAUACCUGGAUGUUCCCAUUGGAAAAUAAUCAAGAGAUUUUUUCAAAAGUGACUCAACCUAUAUUGUUUGUUAAUAUGGAAAAGUUUCAGACCAUAAGAAACUUGAGAGUUAUGAAAAAUUUGGAAUCCAAGUCUCUUGAUCGGAAGGUGGUAACAGUCAAGUAA